UAAAAGCAGGCACGGGAGUGAACGAAGGAAGAGCGAGGAGGUAAACAAUCAAAAUAGCAUAACAGCACACGCCAGCCAGCGCGCUCGUCCGUGAUGGCGACCCACAGAUGGACUCGCCAGUGUCGUCGCUUCGUCGGAAACGUGGAUUUUGCCUCUUUCGGGCGCUGAGCAGCCGCGAACGACGCGCCCGUCGCCGCCCUCGACGUCGCCGGUGACAACUGAACGUGUUUGGGCCCGUGGAAGUGCGCGACCGGCGUUGACUGAUAGUGGUGCUCGCGGGAUGGUUCUUGCCAACCUUCCCUCGGCGAGUGAAGCCAAGUAGUGAGCGCGCAUGUGUUCUCCCGGUGAAGCCGCGACGACGCGUCAACAAAGGCGGUGGCCGGUGCUCUGUGGUGAUUGUGCAUAGCGGUGCGUGGUGCGCUGCAUCAUCUCAUAUUUAUUUAUUUUCUCUCGAUCAACUAGCGGCGACUGCCCGGGAGGAAUCGACACGGUGGACCCCUGGGCAUGGCCAAGCCAUCGAGGCCGAGCUGCGGCACAGGUCGCCAGGAAUGCCGGCGACAGGAGAAGCCGAAGAGGUGCAAACAGGGCAGCGAACGGCAAUCGCGAUGACCAGGAGGAACCCAUGAGCUCGAGCGUCCUGCGGGCCUGCUCGGCCCAGUAUUACAAUGCCUGCCUGCCUCCCGGAGAUGCCCUCCACAGAAGCGGCAGCGCAAAUCAGCUCAAUGGCCAUCAUGCGCAGCCGCAGUCGUCGCCGUCCUCACAGCAGAUGCACGCGACAGCCGCGUCGCCGGUCCAUCACCAGACGGCGGUCAGCAUGAGCAGCACAACAUCGGCGGGGCCCGCACGACCUCAUCGGACGCACAGUGAGCGUUCCCAGCGCACAUCCCGAAUGAGCCUGUACCGGAGCAACAGUAGCCUGGACCUGGACCACAACAAUGGCGGUGCAGCCGGUGAGCCGGGGCCACUCCGAGGAGGCCCCUCGCGGAGGGACUACGGCUCGGCAUCGUCGUUGGACCUGCUGGCUGCUUCGUCCGGAGGGGACAGCAGCUUCUUUGCCAUGCUGCGGGAGUACCGAGCUGGAGGCCAACGAAGAGAAGAUCAGCGAAGCCCUGGUCCAGCCAACAUCCAGGAGUUUCUGCGGGGUCGUCUCGAUCCUGCCCCGGCAGUCCAGAAUGCCUCAAACACCCUGGCGCAUGGAGCGCUCGAAGAAGGAUCGAGUCCACGCCUCAAAACAAAGUUCCAGCGCCUUCUGGAGCUCAGGGACCGUGGCAAGGGCUGGAGUCGACUGCCCAGCGCCGGCGGAGCAACAGGCGGCAGCGCAAGUGCGGCUGCCGCUGGCAGCACAAGUGGUGGUGCAAACCAGGAGAGCUCGCUGUUUCGGAAGUGGAAACCAGGGGGCCGAAGCGAGUCCGCAGACGCUCGAAGCCUCGAGCCGUCGCUACCAGAUCCGGCAGAGGACCGGCUGCGGAGGCGAGCACUGGCGCACUUCGACUGCCAGAGCCUCGGAGCCAACCUGAGUCGUGCGUCGGGUCGUCUGGCAUCCAUACUUGGGAGGCGGAGGAAUACCACGACGGGUGCGUCUGCUGCAUCCAUGCUCCAGCGAGCGGGAGCUGGAGCCGGAGUGAGCGAGGAUGGAGUGGAAGGUGUGCCGGACGCUGGGGACGGCCGACAGAGUGCGCUGCUUCUGAGCUGCCCAUUCUUCCGGAACGAGGUUGGAGGAGAGCCACAGAGGCAGCUGGGCCUCACCAGGGCAACGUCCAGGGCUCUUCGAUCGGGUCGCGGUGGGUCUGCCCGCAACAAUGGCAACAACGGCCCCUGGCAUCGGCCAACGUGUCUGAGCGGACUUGCCAUCCUGGAGAGGCCUGGACUGGACGACGGGGCCUGUCCCUACCAGCGGCCAGCCACGCUGCUUGACGGAGUGGACAGGGGCGCCCUCUACUAUAGGACCCACUUCCAUGGCAAAGGUCACCAAAACUGGUUUGGCAUUGACGAACGGCUAGGACCGGUUGCAGUUAGUCUGCGCAAGGACCGUCUUGACGUGCCAAAUUCCGCGAGACCGUCACCUGGUGGAGCACCACAGACACUGUACAGGAUCAUCGUCCGAACGAGCGAGCUGGCGGUGCUGCGUUGCAGCCUGGCCGAAGAGUCCCUGGGCGGCUCGGUGAGCAACGGUCGGCUGAGCAGCAGCAGCAGCGGGGCCAACUCCCUGCCCGUCCGUGAGUUGCUGGAGCUGGCCGCACCCGAGCUGCAGACGACCUGCCUGCGGCUGGCCGUGCCCGGACCAGCGACAGAGCAGCAACUGCUCAAGCUCGACGAGCAAGGGCUGAUGAAAUCGUACAAGGUUGGGGUCAUGUACUGCCGGGCAGGACAGGCUACCGAGGAAGAAAUGUACAACAACGAAACCGCAGGUCCAGCUUUCGAGGAGUUCCUCGAGAUGCUCGGCCACAAAGUUCGUCUUAAGGGCUUCCAGAACUAUCGGGCAGGCCUCGACAACAAGACGGACACCACCGGCCUCUAUUCGGUGUACUCAACCUAUGAGGAUUGUGAGAUUAUGUUCCAUGUUUCUACCAUGCUUCCAUACACACCCAGCAACAAGCAGCAGCUGCUGCGCAAGCGUCACAUCGGCAACGACAUCGUCACCCUCGUGUUCCAAGAGCCCCGAGCUCUGCCCUUCACGCCCAAAAACAUCCGGUCACACUUCCAGCAUGUCUUCAUCAUUGUGCGCGCCAUCGAACCCUGUACCUCCAAGACCCGGUACAGUGUUGCCGUGAGUCGAUCGAAAGAAGUUCCCGUGUUUGGUCCUCCAAUCCCCGACGGUGCCACAUUUCCAAAGUCCAAGAAGUUCACCGACUUCAUUCUUGCCAAAGUGAUCAAUGCAGAGAACGCUGCCCACCGAUCCGAAAAGUUUGCCACUAUGGCACAGCGGACACGGCAGGAGUACCUCAAGGACCUCGCAGCCAACUACUCAACAAACACCACACUCGACUCUGGGCCCAAAUUUUCCCUUUUGAGCUUUGGAUCACGCAAAAAGGAGAGACCACGGCCAAGGUUCGUGCCGGAUGGCUUCGUGCGUGGUGCCAUCUCUUGGUCGGUCCAGGUGGAAGACCAAGGUCAAGGUUGCGUAUGCGACUGCACCCUCGGAAUCUCGUCCAGCUCACUUGUGCUGCUGGACGACGGGACCGGAGAGCCAGUUUUCGGUUGUGCGACUGCUGCGGUGCUUGGAUGGUCCUCUCACAGCAGCAGUCUGAAGCUGUUCUACCACCAGGGGGAGUGUGUGGUGCUUCGGGCACGUGACUCGGAUGCUGACGAGGCGCAGGAGAUUGUGACCAGGCUGGCCUGUGUCACCGAUGGAUGCGAGACCCAGGAGUUGAUGCUGUGCCGCAAUGCUGUCGGUCAGCUGGGCUUCCACGUCCAGUCCGAGGGCCUUGUCACCGAGGUUGAGCCUCACGGUCUCGCCUGGGAAGCCGGUCUCCGACGCGGAUGUCGUCUGCUUGAGAUCUGCAAGGUGGCCGUGGCAACGCUUAGCUACGACCAGAUGGUGGACCUGCUCAAGACAUCCGUGAUGGUCAGCGUCACGGUCGUGCCUCCGCACAAGGAUGGCAGCCCUCGGAGGGGCUGCCCCCUGCAAAACUGCAGCUACUUUGGCCCUGACUACGACAGCAGCACAGGGUCCGACCUGGGGUCACCUGGGGGCAGCACCAGUGGAGGGCUCCAGAGGGGGGGACCAGCGCCGGCUGUCGGCCAACAGGUGCCGUCGUAUGCCAAGGCCCGAGCAAGGAGUGACAUGCAGUUCAGAUGCGCCAGCCAACCACAGCGGCCCUGCGAGGCUCCUCCGGCUGAUGACCGGCCGUCACCAGUGCCCCCACCGGUUCCAGCACGAAUGGCACGCAGCCCACCGGGAAGGGGUGGCAGUUCGCCAAACGAGCGGCUGGCCCGACGAGCGGCCUGCAACUCCCUCCCACCCCUGGUGGUGGCACCGCCGCCCUCCUCCUCGGCUUCAGCUCAGUCAGUGACACCCCGCAGUGGGAGUGGCGGCAGCAGUCCGUCCCUGGCGUCCUUGAUGCUGCUGGAGCCCCUCCCCGGUCCCCUGGUGGUGUCUCGGAGCGAGCUCAGCCUGGCCCAGCUGUCGUCACACGAACAGCGUCAACUGCGCACUGGCAGUGGCGGAGCGGGAGGCGCAGGCCACCCGUCAUCGUCAUCUUCGAGGCAGUCACGACAGCACAGCCCUCUCGACCCUUCCUCGGCCGCUGGCAGAGACACCCAGCACCACCACAGGAGCCAGGGUGACCUCAGCAGUCUUGGGUCGUCGUCAUUCAGCGGUCUCGACCGUUGCGGCCCACUCAUGCAGCCACUGCCCCAGCACAUGGGCUCGGACUACCAGUCGGACAGCUCCAGCGAGUGGCAGUUGGGUGCGGGCAGCAGUGCGGACGAGCUGUCGACAUGUGGCAGCAGUCAUCUUGGAAGCCCACUGCCCCGCCGUGGACUCCAAGAGCGAGCCCCAAACCACAGUCCCAAGAUUCGGCUAGGCUGUCGCGUUGUGAGCAGCAGCGGCACCACCACGGCUGGCGAGGAGGUGAUGCGCAGUCCACUGGCCAGUCUCCGCCACGCUGUCCCCUCCACACCACGGUCGGCCAGCGCCGCCCACCCACUGUCGUCGGCCGGUCCAUCUUGGUCACCCUCGUCGGCCAAGGGCGGUGGAAGCAGUGCCGGAAGCAGCGCAGGCAGCGCAGGUGGAGGCUCCACGUUCCAGGAGGACCUGCUUCGACUCAUUGGACCAGACUACCUGGACAGUGAUUCGGAGGAACCCACAUGGUGCCCGCUUGGGCCGUCGGAGCGUCCACGGUCGGGCCCCGAAACACCGUCGUCCUCGUUGGAGCGCGCUGGAAGGCGACAGGGGCUAGCGCUGCGUUGCCACUCGUCCUGUCCUUCGGCCGCAGAAGAUGUCAUCCUCACGACCGCACAGCCAGCGCAAGUGAUUGCCUGCUGUGAUCUCUCACCGUCUGCUGGAGCUGCGGAUGCAAGUGCCAACAACGGGGCUGACAGCGCAAGCCCUAGUAGCGGUGGCAAUAUCAAGCAGCCGGAACAGAGACUGCAAGAUCUUGAAGACAAGGUGGUGAAGCUGCAGGAAACUCUGGCACAGGAGCAGCACAGGAAAGCCAACCUCGAGCACCAGGUCCGGCAGUUGCAGCAGGAGAACCACCGUCUGCACGAGCAGUCCGAGACCGCGAGUGCCCAACUCCGCCGUUUCGCAGACUGGUUUUUUGGACCCUCAGAUACAUAGUUGGCAAGCUUCCCGGAACUAUUGCAUCUCUCGGUCUGUCUGUUUCUCCAAGAUGGAUGAAAGAUAACAGCUUUAUCGCCUGCUGACCACAGAGCAUGUUGUGUACAUGACUGAAACUCAAGUUUUUUGGAAACCCAAACAUGUCGGUCAGUGAUUCAGCAAGUUGUUUUGUCUGUUGCAUCCUUUAACCCUUCUGCUCCUCCAAGAUUGAUACGAGACAACAAAGUCGUCUGCUGACCACCGAACGUGUGAUAGUUCAUCUGUGAAAAAUUGGCUGUGAGAAUGCUGUGCAUCCAAGAGGUUGUGGUGAUAUGACAUCAUUCCUGCCGCUUCCUUACCACACAAAAGCGUUAUGUGCUCCUCGCACAACUUCUCAGCAACUUCAAGGCUGCCUGCAAGCUGUUGUUCUUAGCUUGUGUGUCAGGGAGAACGUUGCCUCAAGUUUGCUUCCCUUGCUGUCAAGGCAACAGGCCAAGACUGACUAGGACUGGGACUCGAUUUUUGACCUUGCAGAGCAAGUACAAGGACAAAGCGCAGCGCAGUGUUUGCUGCAGUGAUUCUACACCUGAAGCAUCGGGCAUUGAAAAGAGCUCAACAAUUUGCUAGUACCCAACUAACAUCAAAUGCUGAAGCUUGGAUGAAUGGAUUGCCGUGGUUGUGUAACUCUGAAACCCAUCUGUAUUAUUAUGUCUCAGUGCUUCUGGCCCGACUUGUGCCGGCUUGCAUAUAACUGGCUUGUAAUUGUGUCCCUGCUAGCAAGCAUCCGUAACCUUAACAAGUGAACUGCAAAUGGCUUUGUGUCCGUGGUUGGCGUCUGCCUGAGACUCUGUGACGGGAACUGGAGGAGCUGCGCAAGAUUCGAGCGACUUUGAGAACGCAGUCCAGUGAACUGGCAUUCUGCACCAUGAACACUUGUUUCAGCCCCGGUUGAUGUGUGACCAGUGGCUAGAGCUGGGAUGUACAGCUCAAACUCAACUGUACCUUACGUCAAAACUGCGACUCACCGUGUAACCUGUUGUUCGUAUUCUUGUAGUAGAUGUUCUAUGUGUGUUUGUGUCGCAUGUUCAUCAUGCCUGCCACAAGAGGACCGGGUAAAUCAUCACUGUACGUACUCAACCCACCUGUGCUUGCACAAGUCAGCUAUGCUGCAUUUCUUAAGAUAGAAAGAAGUGUUGCGUGCAGACCUUCCGCCAUGCAUCCUGCAUCAAGACACUGCAUGCAGCUUGUUUCGUCAUGAUGCCCAAGUCUGGCAGCUGUUGAUGGCUUUGGUGGACACAUUUAGCAAGUCAUGUCGCCCAACUUGUAAUCUAGUUCCAGCGCAGAUACAAUUGCCUUAUGUUCUCAAAUUAACCAAAGCCAAACAUUUAGCAGCAUUUGAGCCAGCUGCAUACAGCGCGCGGAUAUAGGCUGACAACGCUAGAAGCUGGUGAAGAUUUGCCAUUUAUAACUUAUUCAUCACAUCUUGAUAAAUGUGCAUUGGCAUUUACAGAGCUCAUUGUGUGGUAAAUGUAAGUAGGGACUGUGUUUUUAUUGGUGUGGUGUUAGGAAGAACUCAUUUUCUUACUUCAUUUUUCAGAUGGGGCAUGGCAGAAUCCAUGCAGAAAUCUUCGCGUAAAGAAAUGACGUUGCUCUUUGUUGAGUAGAUAUAGGGACAAGGCUCAUUUCAGACACUUGUGCAUCCUAAGAAGGCCUUUGAAUGUUGAGUAAAAAUAAGUUUGAACAAUAGUUUGCUCUCCAAAUGGUGCCAUUUAGGCAUAUUGUGCAAUGCUAAUAUAGUGCUAGCUUCACUUUUGAGACUGCACAACAUUUGGUACUGGAGUACAUUUUUUGUUGUUUUACAAAAUUCUAGUAUUCUACAAAAUUUCAGAACUAGAACUUUCGUCUAUUUUUAUUGAACAUUCCAUUGAAUCAACUGUGCCAAUGAAAGUGCCACAGCUUUAAAUCUUCAACCACUGAGACUGUCCACAAUGCUCGUGAAUAUUGCUCUUUGCUCAUCUGUUGUCAACCUUAGCUGUACUGGUGUGUGUCUAACAACUGUCUUGAAUAAGGGAUGUUUUUACAACUCGUAACAUUUCAUUUUUAAAGAAUUUUCUGGACAUUGCCCCUGUGCUUCCUGUGUAUCAUAGUAUUGACUCCACCACCAAACCUAUUCAUCUAUUGCCUUUUUUUUAUGGCAUAUUUUUUAGUCCGCAUCAUUGUCUUUUGUUCCUUUUAGCAUAAUUGUUGCAGCAACAGUGGGUGAACUAGAAUUGCUGCGUGUGUGAUAACCUGUUUUUUGCAUUGGUGGCAAAGAUAAAACACAAACGUCACUUUCGAUGCAUCUUGGUUUCCAAAUGCUAGAGCAUUCAGAAAUUCGAAAUGCUAAAGCAUUUGGAAACCAAGUGUCAGAUCUGGCUUGUGGUCAUUUUUGUUCAGAGCCCAUGGCCCAGUUUCUAUAAGUCUCAGCCCAUUAAUGUAGCCACAGGUGCCUAAAAAAAUUGGGGCUCUAGGAGACAUUGCUCUGAAAGUUACUACCAUAUUUGCAUGAGUAUAACAUGAAGGGGAGCUCUUCACAACCUAGAAAAUGAAGUAUUGCCUUGAGAAUUAAUGUGCUACAACUCUAGCUUUGUUACACCCUAGUGUGCAUGUGUGAGUCGCUAUAGUACAUCAGGCAAGCUGUUCUGACAGCAGUUUUAAAGCUGUCUUUUUAGAAAAGAAACAAAUAAUAAAGACCACCUAAGCUAGUUUGCUCUGUCACCUAACAUUCUUUUUCUUUAUGGUAUAUGAACAGGUGGACUUUCCAGCAAAGCUCUGUUUACCCACACUUGAGGUGCGGUCUUUUUUAGGUGCGAAAUUGGGCAGGGUGUGAUGGGAUGAAAUCUCUCAUUUGCUCAGGGUGUUGUUUUGAAUCUGAUGUGAACUGCUUUCUCAUUUCUUUCACUCUAAUUACGCAGUGUAAGAAAAAUUGUUAUAGUUGUGCAAAUAUGGUAGUGCGCAGAGUUGUAUAGUGUCCUGUUGGAAUUCUGGUUCACAUGUUUUUCUGUGUAGACCUGUGGCAAACAGUUCCCGUCUGGCUGCUUAGUGUCUGAUAGUAUUUAGAUAGGUGGUUGUCUCUUUUUCACAUGAAUUGCAGUUCCUUAAAGCAAGUUCUUAACGCCAUAGACUGCAUCUGUUCUAGACUUGCCUCUACUGGGCUAAAGGGAGUUGUGUGUUCCUUUGUUUGGAUUUCACUUGACUUUUCGUGUUCGUCGAGUGUGAACCUGUAGCAAAGAAUUGUUGGUGCUUUGGGAGCAGAGCACAAUGAUUUUAAAUGUCGUCAUCCAUUUCUGGUAUUUGAAGAAGUGGAGGGAAUUGGUUCUGAGCCUUACUGGAAGCCCCUUCCUUCUGUAACAUUGAUGGUGCAUUCCUUCUGCCUAGUGUCAGGUGACUGGAAAAAUCUGUGAUCUGUUUCAACUGCGAGUUCGAUUUUUUUUUUUCUGCCAGAGCACUCGCAAUGGGUUUCCCAAUACAUUAAAGGGCAUUUCGAAUGGUGCAAGGCUUCUGCUUCAGGAUGUUGCUACCCAGCCAGGGAAGAUGCAUUUAACGAAUUUUGCAGUCGUAGUAGCUGACUUAGUGUGUCCACUUUUUGUGCCGAAAGCAAGUGUGUUGUGGUGAUUCCCCGCAAGGAUUCCUCUUCUCGUUUCUGUAGCUCAUCGCUUGGCUGUUUACUCGUGCUCGUUUAUCGAACGGUUUGUAGCGUAGUACUAUACCCAUGUAUGCGUACGUGGGAUGGAUCGCCGUCACUCUUGUGCGACUGCCUCAUUCCCUCACACACACAUGCUCAUUGGCAGUGUCCUCAUUCCUUAGCUGUCGCAUAGGUUCACCAUUUCAAGACACAAGGAGAAUCGCACAUGCUCAAGGUUUCUGUUGCCACUUUCCAUAUCUGUGCUCUCUCCUUUUUUUGUCUCUCCUAGUUUCCAAUUUUCCUCGCCCAGUGUGAGACUUUAAAACAAUGCUGCCAUUUUGCCGUCCUUUAUAACUUGGAUCCCGGAACCGUGGCAGAAACAAAACCGACUGUCAUCACGGUGGCUUCACCUAUGACUAUUACUCACUUUUUCCUGCUUGUCCUUUGGUGUCGGCAGCAUUGUUCAGUCCCGACAUGCUUUCGAUGUAGCCCUCAAUGGACGACAUAUGUUGCACUACCAUCGCAGGUCUGUCGCUGCAAUUUUCACCACAGUUUUGGGAUCCAUUUACUAGACAUCGAGGAAAUGGUGUGUUUUUAUGCAUCCCUGUUAGAUUGAGGUGACGAGAGUAUGACUCCUAACAUCAAGAAAACGGUACUGUUUUUAAGCGUCCCUGUUGCAUUGACAGUAGUACUCUUUAUGGAAUGGAAGUGUUUGGUCAGAAAUGACAAUCUGUUUUAUAAAUUUCCAACAGGUGUUGCACGUUUGGCUUGCUGGUUGCUUGCCUAGCCACUGUUGAGUUAUCUGGCAACUACUUGAUCGAAUUGGCCACUGGUGCAUUCCAGUGUUGUCCUCUGGUGCUGCAUAUUGUGGCACCGUGCGUGUUUAGAGUGUGAUUCUGUGUAUGAUAUCUGUCUAUAAGGACUCCUUAUAGCUACACUGAAACCAUGCUGUAUGUUACCGAAGUGCUGUGCAUUGUUUUGGUUGGCUAGAACCCAAGCGUCUCGUCGUCUAUUGGCCUCCUUAGUAAACUCGCACUUGGAGCUGCUAACAAUGCCAAGAGUGUCGUUCCACUUUCGGAAAAAGUGCUUUUCUUGCGCUGACUUAUUUUGCCCACCAAAACGUUCUUGUUUGAGAUGCAGGCACGGCAGUAGCGUCACAUAUGCCUGGUCGUCACACAAUUCUUGAUUACUCAUGCCCAUUGCUUUUACUGUAUCAGUCUGUGUCUUCCUGCAUGCACGAUACAGAAAAGCGUGUCGCUGAUGUUGGUCGCACAUGAUGUUGCAAAGCUUUCGGGAUGAACAGCAGCCUGUUUUGACAUGUGCAAUCGCUGUGCUGUUAGCAAGACAUAAGGAGUCCUGCAUUUGCUGACAAUUGCUGCAUGUGCUUGAACUCUUUUCAGUGCCCCUCAAGAUGGAGGCAUUGCUUCCGCAAGUUUAAACUUCCUGUGUUGUGCUUCAGAUUCUCAUUUAACUACAUCCCUUCAUAAAUCUGCUUGUACAAUACCUCAGUCUCUUUUAUCCACGAAUUUUAUGGCCAUUCGUUUUUACAGCGCAAUCUAUGUGUGACGUUUUUAGGAUCAUAUACAUUUUUUUUGCUGCUGUUUGCCCAUAGAAUGUCAGAUAAAAAUGCCUCCCAUAUCCCCAUUCCCUACAGUUCUUAUUUUAUUUUUUUUUUGUAGAAAAGCAAUAAUAAAGUAGCCAAAGAUGCGUUCGAAGGAUCA